AAUUUUCGGUCAUAAAAUUCAUUUAAUUAUAUAUAUAUUUUUUCUCUUUUCCUCCCAACAACUAUUAUUAUUACACUUUGUCUUCACUUCGAUCUUUGUACCUUCCAAUGGAAAACAUCGACCACCGUCACUUCCUCCUCCCUUUCCUCCUCCUUUCCGCCGUCCUCUCCGCCGCAGAGGAUGGUGCCGUCAUUCUAAAGCUAGCUUCAUCCCUUAGUCCACUUCCCAGCGGCUGGUCUUCCACCUCUUCAGACAACUACUGCAGCUGGUCAGGCAUCAAUUGCGACAAAUCCAACCGCGUUACUUCCAUCAACUUAGCUUCCAAAUCCUUGUCCGGUUCACUCCCCGCCGACAUCUCCACCUUGUCGGAACUCCGUACCGUAUCGCUUCAACACAAUUCCUUAUCUGGGUCCAUCCCAUCUUUCGCCAACCUUUCCAACUUACAAAACAUUUACCUCGACGGCAACUCGUUCACCUCGGUCACCCCCAACGCGUUCUCCGGGUUAACCAGUCUUCAAAAACUGAGUUUAAGCGAAAACACGAAGCUGAGUCCAUGGACAUUCCCAGAUUUAUCCCAAUCAACGAGUCUCGUCGAAGUUCAACUCGACAACACCAACUUAUACGGCACUUUACCCGAUGUGUUCCAAUCUUUGAACAGUUUACAAAGCAUAAGGCUGUCUUACAACAACUUGAACGGCACAUUGCCGGCUUCUCUCGCCGGUUCAAUGAUUCAAAAUCUUUGGAUCAACAAUCAGAAUGUUGGGUUCACAGGUACUUUAGAUGUUUUAGCUAACAUGACAGAUUUGCUUCAAGUUUGGGUUCAUAAAAACAUGUUCACUGGUCAGAUCCCAGAUUUGUCUAAAUCUGUGGGUAUCUUUGAUAUUCAGCUUAGAGAAAACUUAUUGACCGGUCCAGUUCCAGGAUCUUUGAUUAAUCUCCCUAGUUUGAAGAACAUUUCAUUGUCUAAUAACAAAUUACAGGGCCCAUUUCCAAAAUUUCCCAACACUGUUGAGAACAUUGCUGUUAAUGGUACUAAUAAUUUCUGUAAUAGUAAUGGUGAUCCUUGUGAUCCUCAAGUUACUACAUUGCUUGAGAUUGCUGGUGGUUUUGGGUACCCUGUUUUUCUCUCGGACGAUUGGUCUGGAAAUGAUGCUUGUCAAUGGGUUUUUGUUACUUGUGAUUCACAAGGCAAUGUGGUUACUGUGAAUCUCGCAAAGAAAAACUUGGUUGGAACAAUUUCGCCGGAGAUUGCGAACCUCACGAAGUUGAAGAACUUGAAUCUGAAUGAUAAUAACUUAACAGGUUCAAUCCCUGAUGGUUUGAUUAAGUUGAAUAGUUUGCAGCUUAUCGAUGUGUCUAACAACAAUCUCACCGGUGACAUUCCGAAAUUUUCGGCUUCAGUUAAGUUUACUUAUGCUGGGAAUAUUUUACUAGGAAAAUCUAGUGGUUCUGGUGGUGGAGGAACUUCAGGUUCUGGAGGAUCUAGUGGAGGUUCGAGUGGUAGCUCGAAAAGCGGUAGCAAUGGUAAGAAUUCCGUAGCUUUGAUUGUCGGUAUCGUCAUUGGUGUAGUGGUUUUCGUUGCUGUUGUAUGCUUUGUUUCGUAUAAGUACGUGAUGAACAAGAAAUAUGGGAAAUUCGGUGUGAUGGAUGGUAAUGCUAGUGAUGCUGAGAAGGGAGUAGUUAAGAAUGGGGCGAUGAAUGGUUAUGGAGGAUUGCCUAGUGAAAUGCAGAGCCAAAGUAGCGGUGAUCAUAGUGAUCGCUAUUUGUUUGAGGGUGGAAAUGUGGCGAUCUCGAUACAUGUCCUACGAGAGGUGACUGAUAAUUUCAGUGAGGCUAAUAUUUUAGGAAGAGGGGGUUUUGGGAUUGUGUAUAAAGGUGAAUUACACGAUGGCACGCAGAUUGCUGUCAAGAGGAUGGAGUGUGCAGCUAAAGGUACUAAAGGUUUGAACGAGUUUCAAGCUGAAAUUGCGGUACUUACGAAGGUUAGGCACAGGCAUUUGGUUGCACUUUUGGGUUACUGCAUCAAUGGCAAUGAGAGGCUCUUGGUUUACGAGUAUAUGCCUCAAGGUACCCUUGGUCAACAUCUCUUUGAAUGGCGAGAAAAUGGGUAUGCUCCACUUACUUGGAAGCAACGGGUCACCAUUGCACUGGAUGUCGCGAGGGGGGUCGAGUAUUUGCACUCUUUGGCACAACAAAGUUUCAUUCACCGGGAUUUGAAGCCUAACAAUAUACUACUCAGUGAUGACAUGAGGGCAAAGGUUGCGGAUUUUGGCCUUGUUAAGAACGCACCUGAGGGAAAGUACUCUCUGGAGACAAGACUGGCUGGAACAUUCGGAUAUCUUGCUCCUGAAUAUGCUGCAACUGGACGGGUGACAACAAAGGUGGACGUGUAUGCAUUUGGAGUGGUCUUGAUGGAGAUAAUAACCGGCAGACAAGCUUUAGACGUAACCUUACCCGAUGAGAAAUCGCAUUUGGUCACAUGGUUCCGCAGGGUUCUAGUCAACAAAGACAACAUUCCCAAAGUGGUUGACGAAACAAUCAACUGUGAUGACGAGGAGACAAUGGCGAUGAUAUUCAAGGUAGCCGAGUUAGCCGGUCACUGCACCGCUCGCGAACCGCAUCAAAGACCCGAUAUGGGGCAUGCUGUCAACGUGCUUGGCCCUCUCGUAGAGCAAUGGAAACCUACUACCCAAGAGGAUGAUGGAAACACCGGUAUUGAGCUUAACAUGAGCCUCCCUCAGUUCCUACAAAAAUGGCAAGCUGAUGAAGGUACUUCAACGAUGUACGGUGAUUUCUCAUACUCCGAAACCCAAACAAGCAUCCCCGCAAAGCCCUCAGGAUUUUCAGCUACAUUCAGCUCUUCCGAUGGCCGGUGACGGAAAAUUAUAGCUAAAUAGUGUUUUGGUCAUAUAAUGUUUAUUUUUGUUGUUGUUUCUUCAAAAGCUAGCCAAUUGCUUUGUUUUGUUUGGUGAAUUUAUUUAUAUAUUAUUUCCAUAGGAAAAAGAAAA